GGUAGGCGCGGACCGGGGAGGGCCCCGCAGAGUCGGGCGAGGGGAGGAAAGCGCCUGGGCGGAGGGAUGGCCGGAUGUCCCGGCCCGCAGCCCUGAGCGCUGCGUUAGCGGCGGCGGCGGCGCUGGUGGUCGCGCUGCUCCUGCUGCAGCCUGAGGACGCGGGGCCGGGGGCCGGCUCCAGCAUGGCUGAGACAGAAGCACUACCGAGGCUUCGGGAAGACUUCAGGAUGCAGAAUAAAUCCGUCUUUAUUUUGGGUGCCAGCGGGGAAACCGGCAGAGUGCUCUUGAAAGAAAUCCUGGAGCAGGGCCUGUUUUCCAAAGUCACGCUGAUUGGCCGGAGGAAGCUCACCUUCAACGAGGAAGCGUAUAAAAACGUGAAUCAAGAAGUAGUGGACUUUGAGAAAUUGGAUGACUACGCUUCUGCCUUUCAAGGUCAUGAUGUUGGAUUCUGUUGCCUAGAUACCGUGGUCACUACUUGCCCUGACUUACGCAAACCAUUAUGUCUGAGUAAAAGUAACUGGCUCAUGCUCUUAGCAGAGGGAUUUGUUCGUGUUGAUCGAGAUUACGUCCUGAAGUCUGCAGAGCUGGCAAAAGCUGGAGGGUGCAAACAUUUCAACUUGCUGUCCUCUAAGGGAGCUGAUAAGUCAAGCAGUUUUUUAUAUCUGCAAGUCAAGGGAGAAGUGGAAGCUAGGGUUGAAGAGUUAAACUUUGAUCGUUACUCCAUAUUUAGGCCCGGAGUUCUAUUAUGUGAUAGGCAAGAAUCUCGCCCAGGUGAAUGGUUGAUUAGGAAGUUCUUUGGCUCCUUACCAGAAUCUUGGGCCAGCGGUCACUCUGUGCCAGUGAUGACUGUGGUUAGAGCAAUGCUGAACAACGCCGUGAGACCAAGUGACAAGAAGAAGGAACUGCUGGAUAACGAGGCCAUCCACGACCUGGGGAAAGCUGAUGGCUCUCUCAAGCCGUGACCACACUGGAGAAAUGCUUUCUAUUGUCAAACUCAACACCCAUCACCUAAUCGGUAAUUUCGGGGUCUAAAAAAAACAUGUGCUUUAACUGUGCUUUCACCAUUCUCAGUCGCCCAGAUCCAAUCAAAAAAUGAUCGUGCUCUGCAUCGGCAUUUUAGAGCCUGAUUGUACAUAUGUAGACAUUACCCUGGGAAGCCUUUCAAAAAUAGAGAUCCAGCAGCUCCCUGGUGGUCUAGUGUCUCGUAUUCGGCACAGAAAUGAGAGGUUCACAGGCCCUACCUCAAACUUUCUCAAUCAGAAUUUUGGGGGUAUGGGGACAGAAAUCUGUAGUUUUAUUUAAGCUUCUCUUACGGUUCUGAUGCCACUGGUGGGGAGGCCAGCUUUGAAAGCUUGUCUGCAGAGUCACAGCAGCAGUGAAGACUUUAUGUAUCACGCAGAUGAGUCCCGAACAAAAAUUGUCGACAUUUGUGUCUCUGAGUUACCCAGUGCUGACUGCAUGUUAAUUGUGUAAGUGAACAUUGUGCCUUACUAUUUCUUUAGAAUAUAUAAUAAAAGUUAUUAUAUAACUGA